CUUGGUUGACAGUAGAUGGCGCCUAAGAGGCCAACACGCAAGACACAGGCAUUUCCGGAUACUAGCGAGGGAAAUGUAGAACAGACAGAGGCAGAACGGCUUUCUUUUCUGCACCUGCCUCGGCCGUUCAAGAACCCGCGGUAUACGCGUCCGCAAUCCAAAAAGCUCAGAUCUACGAAGCAGAUACUGGCCGCGGAGCGAGAGCGAGAACGGCUGAGGCGCGAGACGGGAACCGCUAACAAGGAGGCUCCUACAUAUAUAACUAUCGAAGCAGCUCCGUCUCUGCUCCCUCAAAAAAGAUACUGUGACAUAACUGGUCUGGAGGCACCAUACACCGAUCCUCAAUCGAAGUUACGAUACCAUAACAAGGCAGUGUACGAAUUCAUCAAAAGUCUGCCUCCUGGGACUAGUCAUGAAUGCCUGGCUAUUCGUGGCCAACAUAGUGUGAUUCGAUGAGCAACCUUCUGUAAUAAUAGCAAGUACUAGUACCUCACAGCCAAAUAACAACGAUUGAUAUUAU